AUGCUUGGUGUCUCAUCAAUAGCUUGCAAUUUGAUGAAUUUCCAAGUAGAACAGGAUUUGAAGGAAUUUGAAUUUGAGUCUUGGGACAUUGCCCACAUGAAGUCCAUUAUUGGUGCUCGAGCAUUCACAACAUCUCAAUCAGCACAAGCACACUUCAUCCUCUUCCAACAAAUAUUUGAGAUUGCCAGUGCAGACACAGGAAUUCAAACCAUCAUUGCUGAUGGACAUAAAGGCCAAGGUCUCAGCCUAGGUAUUCUCCACAGUCAGGUACCAAAGGACAUGGAAAUAGCCAUGUUGACCAUUGCAUCAAUGGAGCCUCAUCCUGACUUGCAGGGAACAUUAACGAAGAUCAAGAAAGGUGGAAAAAAGGCUGCAGCAUGGCUUAAAGAUAAAAUUGAAGGCACAAAGUUCACACUCCUAGCACUCUAUCAGCCUAACAGUCUUAUUCCACUCGAAAUCUGGAAGGCCUCACUGACUACUAUGAAUGGCAAUGAACAAGCACACAGGAAUGUCAACCAUGAUGGUGUGGGUCUUACACUUUUGGGAGGAAUCAUGCAAGGAUUUCACUAUGAUGAAAAUAUCAGCACUAGUCUGGACCUUUUUGAUGCAUUUGGCAUCAACUCCAGUGACUGUCUAUCUACCCAUGCUUACUGUGCAAAAUGUGCUCUUGCUCAACAUGUGAGACACACAAAGUCUUUGCUCUCACAGGGCAAUGCAAGCUUCGCAUGCAUUCAUCUCACCUCUUUGUCUGUCAAGCCUCAACCCAAACUCAUUCCCAACUCAAUGCUGAUGUCCAGUUCCACCAUUGUUCCAGUAUCAAUGUUCAGCACUCUCACUUCUGCACUAACUGCGGGUGCACAUGUUGCAGAUUAUUAA